GAAAAUGUUAUGUUAUACUAGAAGAAGCACGAAGUCGAUGUCGAAGAAGAUACUUCUUCACAAAAAAAUGCGUCCUUGGCCAAAUAGGCAAACGAAACAGGUCUCUCACGAGCUGGCUCGAUAGAAGAAGUUUUGUAGACAGGACAGGUUCUAGUACUGAUUAUUAUGGCGUAAGCGUCUCGAUUUGUAUUUGCUUGCAACUGUAGUUCCUAUACACAUACAGGAGGUGGCGGUGGGUAUCUAUUGGUUUCUGUUUUUUCGGGUUAAGAGAGUUCCACAAAAUGCCAUGUAUUUUCCGAGUGGGAAUCCUCCUGAUGCUCGUCAGGAUUUUAGGGGCUUCUGCCUCUAUCGACAGCCGUAGACCUAGACACGCCGUGGACGACACGGCUACAAAUGAGGGCCCUGCGAGAAAUAUCCUUCAUAUAAUGAAGUCAAGAGAGACCGGUGAAAAAGGACAAGCUGCUGAAAAGACUCAUGACUUAUAAGGAGCGGGAGGUAAGAUAUUUCGCGGGUGCGAAGAUUACUCGACCUGUGUGAGCGGAAUGAGAAGUUUUGGUGGGAGAUCCAGUCUCACCUGUUGCAAAGGUUGCAUCGCACGUGGCGAAGAGGAGCGACAAACAGACUUGCGACACUAUUUGGUGGACACAAGUGAAGUUGGUGCGGAGGACAACAGCUUGUGUUUAUUACCGCGUCAGCACGAGGAUGAAGGCACGAGAAAGAGAGCACGUCCAACCCCACCUCCGGAAAAAAGUAGACGUAGAGCCGCGGUGACAGCAUUAUCUGUCAGCGGCGAUGAAGUGUGGAAAAAUGACCUUAUGAAGGAGACAGGCGUACCUGCCUACGUCGUCAAAAAGUGUGUGCCCACGGAUAGAUCAUGGGAGUUGCUGUUCGCUUCGGGAAAACAGCUCCACGAUUUUUCGGUUAAGGCUACUAUAUUUUUGAGUAUGUUGGCACGGCUAAGGCUUCUGCUUUUUAUCAUCAUGUACUUCGCUAAAUUCCCGGAACGGGGAAAUUCCUCGACGUAAUGCUCAUAUAUGAUUAAGAUAUUAGUUUUUCAAUGUUGACGAAGGAAACUCCGCAGAAAUCGUCAGUAAUCAGCGUCAAGUCACCAUGAAGAACUAGAUCUAAUUUGGAUCCUUUACUGCCUGGUCAGACGUACACAGUAGUGGCGCGAGAGAAAGAGUCAGAUGAACGCGAGCGUGCGCUUAGUGACUUGUUGCAGAGGUCGGCGGCACAUCCGGUUGCUCCUGUAAUUGAAGCGGAUCACCUAAUGCUGCCUCAGUACUAAGAUACGCAAAUACGUAGACGUUUUGUCGAGCUUUCCGGUCGAUUCUUGUUCCUAAAUACGAAAUGCGGCGGCUCCUGCUGGGUUUGAGAUAAGUGAUAAUGCCCUUAAAUGGUUACAUUAAUAGCGUAUGCGAACGAAGAGGAUAGAAAGGGCUAAAAAGAAGAUAGGCAUACGCAAAAAAAUGUCUGAAUGGGCAAACUAGCUACAGCGAUAAGGAUAACGGCUGGACAGCGUCAGAGAAAUUGGCAGCUGCUGUGGGCCGAAUCAUGAAAAAUCACCAAGAUAAAAAGUGCUAGUCCUAGUAUACCUCCUUUUUUUGAAGGCAAACCAUGUGACUUCGGGUUUAGGUCCAGCGGCGCUCAAAGCACUAAAAUAAAACAACGGGUUAGUUUUUACCUCUGGCACGUAGAUGCAUCCCUUCAAGCAAUAUAUACAAGGUCAGUACAGCAGCAGCACAAAAGUAAGGACUUCGGUUUUGGUUCGGGAUGGUGGC